AUGCAGAUGGGAGAGAAGGUACUGGCGGAGUACAUCUACAUAGUCGAUCCUGCCCUGGGCGAGCUCCAGAGCAAGACGGUGGUGCUUGAGGGCGGACGGCCGCAGAGCAGCGAUGAGCUGCCGCCGGUGGAGUUGCAGACAGAGUGCGGCGAGCUCUAUCUGCAGCCGCGGUCGAUCUACUCCGACCCGUUGCGGGGUGGGGAGCACAUACUGGUUAUCUGCGACGCUCACGUGCCGCCGCAGCUGGGCACUGGCGAUCUGCACUCGCGGCCACACGACGCCAACUCACGUGCGGCAUGUGCAGAGGUCAUGGCAGCUGUGGCGGGGGCAUGCCCUGUAUUUAGCAUGGAGCAGGAGUACACAGUGCUCGACCCAUUCACUGGCCUGCCGCCCGGCGUGUUCGCCGCGGGGGUGCCCAUCUACGUGCCGGGCGCCGGCGGCGGCGGGGGCAGCUGGCCAGCCGCGAGCCAUCACAGUUACGAGAGCGAGUCGCCCUGGGGCAGCCCCUGCGAUGGCACGGUGCCGCUGGCGAGCGGCAGCCCUGGCAGCGGUGGGUCGUGCGGCGGCGCGCUCGCCGCGUCACUCUCGGCGCUGCCCGGCGGCGCCGCAGCGGCUGCACGGCUGCUGCUGCAGGCGCACGCACAGCCGCAGCACCCACGUGGCUCGCCGGCCGCGCGGCGUGCGCGGCAGCUGUCUGAGCUGCACAUGCGCGCCUGCAUCAAGGCCGGCCUGCGCUACGCGGGCUCUGCCUGUGCUGCCUCGUGCUGCGACUGCUGGACCUACCGCAUUGGCCCCUGUGCGGGCGGCCUGGAGGCGGGCGACCAGCUCUGCGUGUCACGGUUCCUGCUGCGGCGCCUGGGGGAGGAGCUCUCAGUGGACGUUGGCCUGAAGCCACGCCCUUGCAGCGCGCAGCACGGCAGCACGGCUCCGGGGCUCCACGCCGCCGCCGCCGCCGCCGCGUGUCACGGCGGCCCCGGCGGCUGCAGCACCGAGUUCAGCACCGCCGCGAGCCGCGCCGCGCCCGAUGGCAUCUGCGAGAUGCAGCGCAUGAUAUCGCGCCUCCAGGCUGCCCACCCACGGCACUCGCCGGGCUUUGCCGGCGCGGCCACUGCUGCAAGCGGGUCUGCAGCGUCGUCGUUCUCAGUGGCUGUCGGCGACCGGCGUGCGGCGAUCGUAAUCCCCACCAGCGCGCUCGUUUCGAGGUCGGGGGCGUUUGUGGACCGUCGCCCGGCCGGGGACUGCGACCCCUACCUUUCCACCGCCCUGCUGGCGGCCGGCGCGCUAGGCCUGCCACUGCCGCCACUUGCCGAAAAGCUGCUCGCCAUGCGCCAGCCGCCCUCGGCUCACAGCCGUGCCUCAGCGCUGCUCAUGUUCAAGCCGGCGCACGCAGCGCCCACCUGCGGCGCCACUCCCGGCGGUGACAGCCUGCGUGCCGCUGCCGCGCUCAACGCUGCGGCGGCGGCAGCGCGGCAGCAGCCAGCAGCCUUUGGCGCUGCGGCCCAGCCGCUGUCCCUCCAGCAUGACCGCUCGGCAUCUUUUAGGGGCAGCUUUGGCGGAAUCCCCUUUGGUGGCGCCGGGGUCCCUUGCACCGCAGCCUCCCCUGCCAUGGUCAGGUGGGCCAGCGGCGGCCCCGCCCCGCGCGUCGAAGACGCCAUGGCCUGCUGCGAUAACGACGAAGGUGACGUCAGCGGUGCGGACGAUGACUUCAGCGAGGAGGGCGAGGCCAGCGAGGAGAUGCUAAUCUCAGAGAUCUGUCGCAUCGACCGCCAAGCCGCACGGCGCGGACGACCCGGCAAGCUUGUGCGCUGCGGCGAGAGCGGGGCUGGGUUGGGCGCUGAGGGGGGCGCGCGCUCCGAGGACGACGGCGACGAGGAUUUUGACGAGUCCGAGGGCGAGGAGGAGGACAGCGCGUCGUCGCUGGCCGCGGGCGUGCGGCCGUUGGCGCUGCCUGCCGCGUGA